AACGGCUGUCUGCUGUAGUUAACGUCAAAGACUCGUCGGUAGGUUGGGUGGUCAGUUCUGUUUUUAGCCCGAUUAUGAUGGAAUUUUAAAAUUAAAAGGUAUUCUAGUCUUUAGCAGGUUUACGUUUAUGGAUAGACGAAAGACGAGGUACAUUUGAACGGAUCUACAGGUAAACGCUGGUAAAAUGCCUCUGCAUGGUAAAAUAGUGGUUAUUAAGAGGAGAGGAGGAGACGGAACCGAGUUUCCUCUGACUGCACCGUGUUUGUUUGGAAGGAAGACCGAAUGCGACAUUCGUAUUCAGCUUCCUCAGGUUUCCAAGGAGCACUGCAGAAUUGACUUGAAUGAAAACAAAGAGAUCAUUUUGACCAAUCUGAGCUCAGCCAAUCCGACCCGUGUCAACGGCGAGGCUCUGAGUCAGUCUGAGCGCUUGAAGCACGGUGAUGUGAUAACUAUUGUCGAUCGUUCUUUCAGGUUUGAGUAUGCGCCUACACAAACACCGAAGAAGAGGUCGUCUUCUGGGGCCAAGUCUGAAACCGUUAAGGUUGCCGUGGACGCAGGAGAAAAGAGAAUCUCUGAGGUCUCUACAGACCCUCAUCUCAAAGAUGGAGCUAACUAUAACAACAUCCAGCGAUCCUUGGAGAAAACCUUGGAAUUGGAGUCCCAGAAAGAUGAGAAGAACUCGCCAUUCAAUGAUCUGUGUCAAAUGAUCAAAAAGUCGUUGGAUGUCAAGACACCUCGCAAGUCUUCCGCAAGUGUGGUUCAGACACCGUCCUCAAAGUUCUGCACGCCGAGACUGGGUCCGGUUGUCAAGAAGAGUGAAAAAGGGGUCGUUUUCAUACCCAAGAAGGAAGAAGAUCCCAAAUGUAAAACCCCAGAGAUUGCUAAGAAACAGGGAAAGACCUUCCAGGUUCCUUCUGCUGAGGGCCCUGGACCCACAGUGGACAAAGCUGGAAAGUCUGAAGGUACUUCACAGCAGAGAAGGAUCUCAACUCCUCAGAAAUUCACAGCCUCAGAGGUUAUUGAGCAAACAACGGCUUCAGCAUCUAAGUCACCGGUCAGAAGGAGAAGCAAGGAAUGCACACCGGCUAAAUCUGGCGUGUCCAUGGAGCAAGAAGGACAAGCUGGAAAAUCUCCCAAACUGGAAAAUCCACCAAAGAGAUCUCCUAAAAACUCAGGAUCUGCUGAAAAAGUGAAAAUGUCCAAAAAACGCAAGAGUGAGGAGCUUGGGAAAGACCUGCCGAUACCAAACCUGAAAAGGAAACGAGUUUCCUUCGGAGACCACCUCAGCCCAGAGUUAUUUGACAAACGCCUGCCACCUGACUCUCCACUGCGUAAAGGGGCCAGUCCAAGGAGGAGCCUAUCUCUCUAUAAACCCAAAUUGUCUCUUCUUAGGAGAGUUUCUGUCAUUGGGUUGCUAAAAGAGCAGAGGACCCCGUCACCUAAGUUCAAAAAGAGUGCUUCUCCCAAGACUCCAACAGGGAAGGCAUCACCAAAAUCAAGGUCCACUUCCCCUGCUGAGAAGUCUCCCAGGUCCAAGUCAGCUUCACCCAAAGCCACACCUGGAAAAAAGUCUCCCAAGGCGACAAGUCCAGCUCAGACGUCUCCUAAAUCCAGGUCCGCUUCUCCCAAGGCGACAAGUCCAGCUCAGAAGACUCCUAAAUCCCGGUCCGCUUCUCCCAAGGCGACAAGUCCAGCUCAGAAGACUCCUAAAUCCCGGUCCGCUUCUCCCAAGGCGACAAGUCCAGCUCAGAAGACUCCUAAAUCCAGGUCCGCUUCUCCCAAGGCGACAAGUCCAGCUCAGAAGACUCCUAAAUCCAGGUCCGCUUCUCCCAAGGCGACAAGUCCAGCUCAGAAGACUCCUAAAUCCAGGUCCGCUUCUCCCAAGGCCUUGACCAGCACAACACCAGUGAAAACACCUUUGAAUUCAGGCAUCCAAACCCCGUCCGUCCAAGGUCGCUUCUCUGUCUCACGUAUCAGGACCCCCUCUCCAACUACAGCAGUCGCUCAACAGAUGCCUUUGCUUGCUGGUACCCCAAAAAUCCCUCUCAGGAGGAAGAGCAUGAAGAAUGCAUCACGUAGGACUUCAGGUGUUGCCAGGAGUGCAGUAAAAGUCUUUCAGAGACGAAGUGGCAUUUCACGGGCAUCAAUGAAAGCUCAAAGUUCCUGGGCAAAUAUUGUAAAAUUUGGACAAAUUAAGACGUCAGCUGUUGCUCCAGCUGUAAAGAAGAUCAUACAGAAACCCCUGAAGAAGGUUGUGCCCAAACAACAGACCCCUGCCAGGAAGCUAAAAGACCAUAUGAGCACUGGACAUGCAGAUUCCCCUGCCACCAUCCUUGUUGGGAGAGCUCACAAAAGAACCAUUGUACAUCCAACUGGAGCUGCACCAAAAGUGGUCAUGAAUCCUGCACUGUUCAAAAAGGACAUGAAAAUGGAUGACGAUUUAACAGGACUCUCUGAGAUGUUCAAAACUCCUGUAAAUGAGAAGAGAAGAAGGUCUUUGGUCAGUGAGAGCAGUGCCAAGAAGACGCCAAUAGCGACUUCUUCUAUAGUGGAACCGUCGGUGCUGAACACCCCGGAGGAGCCAGAUGAAAUGAUGGUGUCUCCACUGAGUUUAGCGUCUACAGUAAAGAGUCAAAGGUACAACAGCGAGGCAGUCCAGCGCCUUCUCAGUGGGGGUGAAGAAGCAAGUUUUGUCGGUGAUGCUCCUGCCUCGGAAGUUUGUUCAGAGUCUAAACACACAGAUCCAAAGGCGGGCUCUGUUAAAACUCCCAAACAGAAGCCAGAAUUACCCAUCUGUCUCACUGGAAUCAAGAGGAUCAUGAAAACACCAAGACAGAAGGCUGAGCCCAUUGACGAUUUGAGAGGAAAACUCUUGAAAACUCCAAAACAGAAACCUGUGCAGCAGGAAUGUCUCACUGGAAUCAAGAGGAUCAUGAAGACACCAAGACAGAAAGCUGAACCUUUAGAGGACAUCCGAGGAAAUCUUUUGGUAACUCCUAAACAGAAAACUGAGCAACCAGAGUGUCUCACUGGGGUCAAACGCAUCUUUGCAACUCCGAAGCAGAAGGUGGAACCUCUUGAAGACCUUUGGGGAAAACUGUUGAAGACUCCAAAUGUCAGACAGAGCUCUGAUGUCAGCUUGGAUGGUGUUAAGGAGCUUCUCCAGACACCAAUUCACCAGUCCCAGAUGCUGGAUCUUGCCACUGUUGAGACAAUGAUGAAGACGCCCAAAGAGAAGACUGCUCCAGUUGUGGAUGUGGUUGGUAUGAAGAGGCUACCAAAAACUCCCAAACAGAAGGGUGAACCCGUAGAAGACAACUUUGGCAUCAAAAGGUUGAUGAAAUCCCCAAGACUGAGAGGAAAUCCACCAGUGGAAGACUUUGAGGGACUUCAGGAGCUCAUGGAGGAGCCAGUGACCUACCUGACAGAGCAGCGGCCAGAAAAGCCAUCAGAUGCCAUGGAAACGCAACCUCAAAGUGUCAUAGAGAGCAAUACAACUUCUGCCAGCGCUUCUCUUGACAAAAAAUCUGUUCGGGGUAGGAGGGCAAAAGCUGUGGAACCAGAACAAGAGGAAACAAAAGAACUGCCGGAAUCUUCUCAAAAUGCCGUGGUGUCUGCACCACCUAGAGGAAGAAGAGGAAAGAAAUCUGAGACCAAAGCACCACCUGCUGUUAGACACACAAGAGGCAGGAAUGCAGAAGUCCCUGAAAGCAGAGAUGUUGAAGAAAGUCUCCCAGAGUCUCCAAACGUUGCUAUGAAAAGACAAAGACCUAUCAAAAGAGCCCAAGAGGAGGCAAUAGAGCUUGAGCAGAAUCCUGCUGUUGAAGAGGUAGUGACCCCAGAACUUGAGAUCAAUUCAAUGCCAGCCAUUGAUGUGCAUGGAGGUCCAGCACUUGUAGAGAAAGCAGUGCUGAAGCCCAAACGAGGAAGAAAACUCAAACAACCUGAAGAACUGGCACAGCAUGCUAAGAAUGCAGAUAAAGACAAGAGUGUUAACUCAUCAGACGCUGAGCGUGUGAAGCUACCUGAAGAAGAGAAUGCAAAUACGGAAGUUGCAGAAACUAGCUUGACUCAGAAGAAAUCUGUGAGAGGCAAAAGAGCUAAACCCGUGGAGGCUAAAGAAGCUCAGAAAGCUGAGGAGACCUCCAAUAGGCCUGUUCCUCCUCCAGUCAGAGGAAGGAGAGGAAACAAGAUGGAAGCAACAGCAUCUCCUGCUGUUAAACGGAACACAAGAACCAGAAAUGCAAAGUCUCAAAACACUGUUGAUCAGCCAGCUGUUGAAGCACAAGCGUUAACUGAGAUUUCCAAUGAAGCCGUGAUCCCUCAAAUAUCAGAGAAGUCCAAUGAAAAGACAACUGACCCUGUAAGCUCAGUACAAGUGACAACCAAGCCACUCAGAGGGAAAAAAGCUAAAGUAACAUCCACUGAACCUGAGAGAGAUGAAUGUCCUGCUGCAAAUGCUGAAACUCCUCAAGUCAUUCCUUCUGUUGGUAAACCCAGGAGAGGAAGAAAAGCCAAACCUGAUGUUGAGGAGCCAACUGAGGUGGCAGAAGACACCUGUCUCCCUGUGGAGACCAAGCCUCCAACAAGGGCUAAAAGAGGAAGACGUGCUCUCCCCAAAGAGGACAAACAGAUUGAGGAUGACAAGGUGACUUCACAGGAGCCCUCUGAACAUCAGGAGCCACCUAAGAAAUCACGGAGAACAAGAAAACCCGAGCAAGAGCCUCUAAAAGCAAAGGAAGACACUGUGGUCCCAGAAAAUGAACCUAGUUCUGAACAAAGUUCUGGUGCUGCAAAGCCCAGGAGAGGAGGACGGAAAGCUAAAGCAGAUGCUGUGAAGCCCUCAGUACUAAUGGCUGACGCUACAGAGAAACCAAAACGAGGCAGAAAAGGAGAACAAAUCCCUCAGAAGACUGUCCCUGCCAAGAAUCCUGAACAUGAAGAGAUCUCUGCGCCAUCUCCUCAGGUCCAUAAACCUAAUCGGGCAACACCGGUGAAAAGCAAGGUUUCACAAACUGCUCCAGCUAAGAGAGGCCGCCGGGGUGCAGCUCUUCUUCUGGUGGAACCCAAACAAGAACCUGCUUCAGAACCAGUCGUACCAGCAAAAAGAGGAAGACGGGUUGCGGCAAAGCCCAAAGCGGACGAUGGGGCCAGUGGUGAGGCAAAUCCCACCGAAAGCUCGAAGGAUGACCACCAAGACCCAAAGAUGACCAAAAAGGCAGUCACAUUUAAAAAAUACCUGGAAAGCCAUGAAAUUCCAAAAGCUACGUCGGUGAAGGCCGUUCGAGGCAGGAAGACGAAAGUUCCAGACCAGGCUGACACUAGAGGUAAAGACGGAACAAAGGAGGCCAGCAGCACAGAAGAGAAGACUCUCUCGCAUGACGUCGUCGAGACCACCAAGAGAGGACGGCGAGGAGCGAAGGUUGCAGAGGUGGUGGCGGAAGACAUUGGAGCACAGAAAAAAAACCGACUGGGGAGAUCAGCAAAGAAAUGACUGUUUUGUAAAUACUUUUCAUCCUAAUUACGGUUUCCCCAAAUUUUUUUGUUAUUCCAAAUUUUAGGUGUGAAGGCAUUGUAGUAGGUAGUUUUAUCUUCU